AUGUCUUUCCCAUCUCCCACAAAGACGUACCACCAGAAGCCCUACGCGGAUAUCUCCCCUUUCCUCCCAUCCCUCUCGACCGCAGGCAAACACGCCUUCAUCUCUGGUGGCGGCGCAGGCAUUGGAGCUUCCAUAGCUCAGUCUCUCGCCAAGUCCAACAUCGCGACUCUCGGUCUCCUUGGUCGCAGCACCGCCUCUCUUGAGACCACCAAGUCCGCCAUCGAAGCUCUCAACCCCUCCGUCAAAGUCCAUCUCUACGCCGCCGACAUCACCUCCGUCGAAGCCACGCACUCCGCCCUGCAGUCCUUCCACGAUGCCAUCAACUCCAAGAUUGACAUCCUGGUCGCCAACGCAGGCUACAUGUCCGACCUCAAAACCAUCCCAGACUCCGACGCUACCGACUGGUGGCGCGCCUUCGAAGUUACCGUCAAGGGCAACUUCAACCUCCUGCGCGCAUUCCACCCGCUCGCCGCCCCCAACGCCAGCGUAAUCCACAUCUCGACUGCCGCGAUCCACCUGCCGUACAUGCCCGGCUUCUCCUCCUACCGCGCGUCCAAGAGCGCCGCGACCAAGAUGUUUGAGUACUUCCACGACGAAAACCCCGGCAUGUUCGUCCUGCAGGUGCACCCGGGUCUGAUUGGCGGCACCGCCAUGUCGGAGAAGUUUGCGCCGCGCGUGGAGGAGCUGGGGCUGGUGUACGACGACAUUGCGCUGCCGGGCGACUUUGUGGUCUGGGCGGUGAGCGAGGAGGCUAGAUUCCUGAAUGGGCGGUUCGUGCAUGCGAACUGGGAUGUGGAAGAGUUGAAGGCGAUGAGGGGAGAGUUGGAGAGGGAUGCGCAGAAGUUUACGAUUGGGUUGCAGGGCUGGCUUUAG